AUAAUGUGUUACUGGUGUAGAGAGGAGUAGGAUUGGUUAACACUGCUCUACACUCUCCUAGAUAAUGUGUUACUGGUGUAGAGAGGAGUAGGAAGGAUGCAGUCUCAGGUUUGGAAAGACUGAAUUUAUUUCAGCACCAACAGAUCAAAGCGGAACAAAACCCAAACGUUGUUGUGCUCAAAUUAUAUCUUCAUUAACAAAAAGGCACAGGGUGAACUAUAUAAAGGACUCAGGAAAUAGUAGGAGAGAUUCCUCUCAGGAAAACAAGUUACAUUUACAAUGACCGACAAAAAGACAAAAUGGCAGAGGGAGUGUAUAUAUACAGUGAUAGAGGGGCGAUUGGAACCAGGUGUGUGUAAUGAUGACGAGACAAGUCCGGGGGUUGAUGAGUGAAGGGCGUUUGACAGCAGUAGGUUCGGCAGCAGCUAGAAGGCCGGGGGUUGAUGAGUGAAGGGCGUUUGACAGCAGUAGGUUCGGCAGCAGCUAGAAGGCCGGGGGUUGAUGAGUGAAGGGCGUUUGACAGCAGUUUGUUCGGCAGCAGCUAGAAGGCCGGCAACGCUGAACGCCUAGACUGGACAGGAGGGGGAGCCAAAGCGAAGUCUGGUGUGACAUAAUGAGAGAAAAUCAAUAGAAUAUUUAAUAUAUUUUCUCAAAUUCCGUUUUCUCCGUUUAGUAAUUUUCCAGGUUUCUGAUAUUGUCUCUGUUUUUCAGUUUUUCGCUCUCAAAAUCACAUUGUUAAUAGAAAAACAACAAAAGGAGACCACUUUUGUCGUCUGAGAAAAAUCUAAGACAGUUUCAUUUUUGGGUGUAGAUAUCCUUUAAUUCAAGUGGCACCAGCAAGAGCCUUGCUUGGUUAGUGGUGUCUCUGUAGCACACAUGUGAUUGCAGAGUUUGCUGAACAAAUCACAACUGGAUUGAUGCAAAUAAUCAUGAUAUCAUUCUGCCAGGUAGGCAUAGACUACUUUGUAGUUGACAUUUAAUUGAAAAGGUUUGUGGGAAAACUUGACUUAAAUGUAAAUGUAAAACUUUUCCAUCAACCAGAAGAUGGUUGUCAUUAGCAUCAUCGCUAAAAACUACACAUAGUGGUAGACAAAUGGACUCAGACAGGGGCAUUUCCUGGCUGUUUCCUCUUCAGAAAGUUGAAGGAAAAUACAAAUCACUGAGGUGAAUUUAAAAACGACUUGCAGGCAGUGGGUUAAAAAUAACUAUGACAAAAAAGGAAUACAAAUUAUACCACCACCCAAAAGGGCACUUUAGAGACAGGAAGGGCAAAGGGGCAUGUGCUCUACACAGGUAGAGUCCUAUCUGUCCAUGUUGCCUUUUGCAAAGUGGGCACUGCUUUAUGUGCUAACACUCACCUAAAUAUCCCAUAUGCCACUGGGUGAGAAGUUUUAAUUGUUUUUGGGCAGAAUUAUGUGAGGUGUUGUUAGCGAUGAGCCUUGGUCAAUUUGACGAGGAUGGCAUAUUCCAAGCUAAUGUCGCCCUCUUCAAUCUGUCACCUAAUGGGCAGGUCAGGCCUGGAGGAACGUUUUGGCUCUAAGAAGUAAGUUAACAACAUCUGGUUGUUUUUAAAUUACUUUUUUUGACAUUGCUUUAUUUUUGUUCCAAUCUGUGUUACCCACUCCAGUCAGCAGAUGGCAAUGUGAGUUUUUCAGGUAAUGCUUCUUGUGUGACGUAUCAUUUAAUGGACGGGGCGGGAGGCUUCUUCAACAGCGACAAAAGGCCUCUGAUUCAACCAACGCGGUGGUUUGCUAGCGAACAUAAAACAGGAGCAUUUAAGCUCUUUAGACUAAUCCUGUGUAUAUUAUAUUAUAUGGUGUUUAGAACACAAUUCUGUUUACGUAUCUAAUAGUUCAUUUUAACGUAAUUUGCUUCUUAAAUUAGGGAAUGUGUUAACUUCAUACUGCACCAGGCUAAUCGCCCAGAGCAUAAACUCACUAAACUAGACGGAGAAAAUAAGUUCUGGUGAAAGGAGAGGAAGAAGCUUCAGAAUGAAAAAGGAGGAAGAUUCCGUAACAUUGAAGGAGGAGAAUGUAGUGAAAGAAGAGGAAGAACCUUUUGGAGUAAAAGAGGAAGAGGAGGCUAUCUCAAUAAAAGAGGAAGACGUUUUAGGAGUGAAAAGGGAGGAGGAGGAGUCAGAAUAUCCGAUUACCAUCAGAGAGAGACAUGACUAUUGUGGAUCCUCUGGGGAGCCUCAACAACAUCCUGAUGCUGAUGAGUCAGAGAAGAGUCUCUCCAGAUCAGAACACCAGAUGGACAACGCUAGCCCUUCCUCCCUCCUGGAGUCCCCGUGUCGUGCCUCUCCCGGUAGCACCUUACUGCUGGGUAUGAAGAGGUUGUCUGUGCUGCUGGUGGACUGCAGGAAAACAACGGGGCUGAGUGGAACUGUGAGAGGAGGAGGAGAGAAGAAAGGAUCAGAUUUGACUCAUCAAAGAGAAAGACCAGACUCCGAGGAACCAGAGCCAGAGACGUCCAAACCAGCAAGAGGACACCACUGCUCCCACUGUGGAAAGGGUUUUAAACAGUUACGGGACCUGAAACAAUAUGAGAGAAUACAUACAGGAGAAAAGCCGUACCACUGCGCCCAGUGUGGAAAGAAUUUUAACCACAAAGGAUACCUGAAACAACAUGAGAGAAUACAUACAGGAGAAAAGCCAUACCACUGCUCCCAGUGUGGAAAGAGCUAUAACCAGAGAGGAUACCUGAAAAAACAUGAGAGAAUACAUGCAAGGAGUUUCAACCAGAAAGGACACCUGAUCCAACAUGACAGAAUACACCCAUGUGUGAAGCCAUACCACUGCUCACAGUGUGCAAAGAGUUUUACAAGGUUAGGGGGCCUGAAGAUUCAUGAGACAAUACAUACAGGAGAAAAGCCGUACCACUGCUCCCAGUGUGGAAAGGGUAGUAACCACUUAAGUGGCCUGAAAAGACAUGAGAGAAUACACACAGGGGAGAAGCCUUACCACUGCUCCCAGUGUGGAAAAAGUUUUGCCCAGUUAUGUAACCUGAAAACACAUGAGAGAAUACACACAGGGGAGAAGCCUUACCACUGCUCCCAGUGUGAAAAGAGUUUUAAGGGGUUGGGUAACCUGAGAAGACAUGAGAUAAACCACACAGGAGGUAAGGGUGUAGGCUGUUGAACAGUAUGACAUAGGACAGAUGUAGGCUUCUGAACAGUAGGUCAUAGGACAGGAGAAUGCCCAAUACAUGGUGGGACAGAUGAAUCCAAAUUUAAUUCCAACCACCAUGUCUUUGUGAGAUGCAGAGUAGGAUCUCCGCAUGUGGGGUUCCCACCGUGAAGCAUAGAGAAGGAGGUGUGCGGGUGCUUUGCUGUUGACACUGUCAGUGAUUUUAUUUUCAGUUUAUGGCACACUUAACCAGCAGCUACCACAGCAUUCUGCAGCGAUAUCCCAUCUGUUUUGGGCUUAGUGGGACUAUCAUUUGUUUUUCAACAGGACAAUGACCCAACACACGUCCAGGCUGUGUAAGAAAACAUGUGGAAAUGCUUGAACCAAUUUCUCAUCUGCAAUUUUGAUUUCUGGGUUGUCUACUACCUCUAACACAGGAGUCACAUUGCUAUUAGGGAAUGAUAUUGCUGGUGGUAACGUUACUCCUGUGUUAGAGGUAGUAGACAACCCAGAAAUCAAAAUUGCAGAUGAGAAAUUGGUUCAAGCAUUUCCACAUGUUUUUCCUGCUUGUGUCUUAACGAGGGCACAAUCUCGCAAGCUUGGAGAUGUGGUGGAUUUGGCUAGUUCCAUUUAUGAGAAUGUUGAAGUAGAAGACAAUGCACCGAGUAUUCCUUCUGCAAGUCCGACAGUUUUUACUCCUGUAAAAACUAAGGCAGAGGACUGCGAAAUCGCACCCCAAUUACAUGACAUUCUUUUGUCUGUCACCCCUGAGAAGGUGAUUGAAUGUCAAAAAAGGAGACACCAGUCUUCGCAAGUGUUUUGCUUCGGUAAUUUCCAUUGAGGAAGCUAAAACUAGAGAGACUGCCUACUUUAUGGAAGCAGGAGUUUUGAUGCGUAAAUGGGCAGCUCAUGACACCGUUAAUGACUGGAGUGAAGUGUGUCAAGUGGUUGUACCUACACCGUUCCGACAGCAGGUGCUGUCACUCGCCCAUGACCAGGCGUGGUCUGGACAUUUGGGGAUCACAAAGACUUAUAACCGGGUCCUUCGUAAUUUUUUUCUGGCCAGGUUUGAAGUCUGACGUGGUCCAAUUUUGUAAAACGUGUCACGUAUGUCAACUCACUGGGAAAGCGAAUCAAACAGUUCCUAGAGCACCGCUCUACCCGAUUCCUGUGGUGGGGGAACCGUUUUGAAAGAGUGAUAGUUGAUUGUGUAGGUCCGUUGCCGAAAACCAGGUCAGGUAACCAGUUCCUAUUAACAAUAAUGUACAGAUAGCCUAUAUGAAGGGCUCAGCGAAUGUGGUUGCUGACGCUCUAUAACGGGUUUACUAACUGGGGAAGCGUUGGUUUUUGUUAUUACAAACUGUAUGUUUGCAAUUUUUGUGGUGGGCGUGUUAAGUUCCCCAGUUUCUGUGUUCUGUUUUGUAUUUGAGUGUGUGUUUCAGGAGAUGGCUUCCGGAAGUACUCCCCAACCAGCUGAUUGGUCUACCCCAGGCUAAUUGAUGAUUGGAGCUGACCCCGCUCCCUCGUCAAGAAGCAGCUGACACUAAUCACCAUUGCCACCUGAAGAUAAAAGCCAGUGUUCUGCCCCAAGAGAUGGGAGAGAUUGAGAGUAGAGAGAGGAGAGAGAUGAGAUAAGGAGUAGAGAUUUGGAGAUUGAGAGAGAGAAAAAUUAGAUUGUGAUAUAGUUAUUUGACAAAGGAGAGUGAUGGAGUGCUGCAUCAGAUGACCUGGCCUCCACAAUCACCUGACCUCAAUCCAAUUGAGAUGGUUUGGGAUGGUUUGGGAUGAAUUGGACCACAGAGGUUAGGAAAAGUGGCCAACAGCAUUAUCAGCAUGUGUUGGAACUCCUACAAGACUGUUGGAAAAGCAUUCCAGGUGAAGUUGGUUGAGAGAAAGCCAGGAGUGUUGCAAAGCUGUCAUCAAGGCAAAAGGUGGCAAGUUGAAGAAUCUAAAAUAUAUUUUGAUUUAUUUAACACUUUUUUUGGUUACUGAUUCCAUAUGUCUUAUUUCAUAGUUCAUAGUGAAAAUAAAGAAAAACCCUUGAAUGAGUAGGUGUGUCCAAACUUUUGACUGGUGCUGUACAUAAAAUCCCCUGGCAACCGCCUCAAUGGACAUUCCUGCAGUCAGCAUGCCAAUUGCCCGCUCCCUAUGAGACAUCUGUGCAUUGUGUUAUGUGACAGAACUGCACGUUUUUGUGGCCUUUUAUUGUCCCCGGCACAAGGUGCACAUGUGUAAUGAUAAUGCUGUUUAAUCAGAUUCUUGAUAUGCCACACCUGUCAGGUGGAUGGAUUAUCUUGGCAAAGGAUAAAUGUUCACUAACAGGGAUGUACCACUGCUCCCAUUGUGGAAAGAGUUUUAACAUGUUAGGAAACAUGAAAUAUCAUGAGCGAAAUACACACAGGGGAGAAGCCAUACCAUUGCGUUCAGUGUGGAAAGAGUUUUACGGAGUUAGGGAAGCGGAAAGCUCAUGAGCGUAUACACACAGGGAGAAAGAAGCCUUACAAAUUUCACUUUUCAAUCCUAGGCGCUGCCCAGAACGAAGGCACCGUCCACCAGACAGACUGGACUUAUAAACAAACACAAACAAAAACGAACUGUUCAAGUUCAAAUUAAAAAGAUACAAAAUAACUACAACAAGUUCUGGGAAGUGUUUCAGUUGUGGUUUGGUUAAAGUCUGAUUGAAUAAGAGAAGUAAUGUUCUGUUAAUUACCUUGGUCAUGCGCAGUGUUGUUCUAUGUUAAUCUGGUACUAACUCGUUUUAGUAAAUGUGAAGCUGCAGUUCCAUUCCUUGUAUGCAGAGUCUUAUGAUAUAAAUAAGUAAUAAGAGCUAAGACAAAGAGACACUACAGUUAUUAUAGACAUAUUUGCUUAUAAAGCCGUUUCCACCUCCAUUUCUCGCUUAUACAUUUUUUACUGACACAAAAAGACAACUAACAACUUGUCAAACAAACUAACAAAUUGUCUGUUGGCAUUUAUAAAAGUGCAUAUCCUGUUUCCAUCAGCCUGGUCAUUACUUUUGAAAUGGUUGGAUCAAUAUCCACCUUCAUGAUAUGGAUGAAGCCUGAUUUGGAAUGUCUGAGUAGUUCUAUAUGAUGUCAUAAUACACCCCUCUGAUAAUCAAGUGAUAUUUUGAAUGUCUGAGUAGUUCUAUAUGAUGUCAUAAUACACCCCUCUGAUAAUCAUAUGAUAUUUGGAAUGUCUGAGUAGUUCAAUCUGAUGUCAUAAUUCACUCCUCUGAUAAUCAUAUGAUAUUUGGAAUGUCUGAGUAGUUCUAUCUGAUGUCAUAAUACACCCCUCUGAUAAUCAUAUGA